UAUCUGAAUAUAAUUGUGGAAAGACACUAUUUCAUUGAGUUAAUAGAGGUGCGUAGAAGUAUUUCAUCAAUGGCUGAAAUAAGUGAGAAAAACCGUGAAGAAAAUUCAGUUAAUUAUCCGAAUUUCCUCAAUCGAAGCUUCUUUGAAGAUGUUCUGCAGAAAUAUGAACAAGACUCCACUCUUUCGAUCACAAAUCUCGAGAUAACUUCCGCUACUCAGGCGGGAGAUAAUUUUUCAAGCAUUGUUCUCAAGGCGAAAGUCUUCUACAAGACAAAUGGAAAAGAAAUAAUUUCUAAGUCUCUAAUUGUGAAGACAUUACCCUUUGAAGAUAGUUCGAGGAAGGAAAUGCUUGAGAGUUUCCCUGUUUUUGAGAGAGAAAUUGAAAUUUACACCAAAGUCCUUCAGGAGAUGCGGAGGAUUAUGGAUUCCAUUGGAGAUUCAGAAGAAUUUUCCCCAAAAUUAAUCUACUUUAGUCGUGACCCAAAGGUCCUUAUAUUUGACGAUUUAAAGGAACUUGGCUACCAAAUGCAUCUUGAGCUACAUAAUUUUGAAAAUACCGUUAAAAUUGCAAGAAAAUUAGCAAAAUUCCACGCUCUAUCCAUCUAUAUUGAUGAAAAUAAAUCCAACAUCGAUUUAACAAAAUACAAGACAAUUAUCACGAAAGACGGUAUAGAAAAGGGACAAGUCUUCUUCGGAGGAUUAGACUAUCUCAAGGAGGAAGUAAAAAAUUGGCCAGGAUAUGAGAAAGUUGCUGAAAAAUUGGCAAAUCAGAGCCGCGUCUACGUGAAUGAUCUACUGAAGGCCUAUGAGCCACUUCCUGCCCCAGGAUUCAACGUUCUCUGUCAUGCGGAUUUUCACAUUAAGAAUUUGUUAUUCAAAAUGCAGGAUGGAUCAAUGUUGACGGAGACAAUGUUCUUGGACUUUCAGAUGUCCCACUGGGGAUCACCAGGAGUUGAUUUAAUUCCCAUUUUCUACGCAAUGGGUGAUGCAGAAUGCAGGAAGAGGCGUGAAGAAAUCCUCUUUGCCUACCACGAAUCCUUGGAGGGAUAUAUGAAGCGAUUGGGAUGCCUGACAAAGUGCCCAUCCUUGUUGGAACUCAAUGGGGAUCUCCUGAAAAUGGGAGCUGUGGAGGUUGUUUGGGGAAUUACCUUCUUGCCCUUUUUCUAUCCAUUCUUCGCAAAUUUGGACAUGUCGGCCGUUGAGGAUCCAACACCGGAGGCAAUGAAUAAAAUAAGGAAGAUCAUGUAUUCCGACAAGGAUGUCAAUGAAGCUCUAAGAGAAAUUCUUUUGAAUCUUCUCUACAGAGGAGUUUUGUAUUGAAAAUUGAUUUGUUUUUGAAAAUUGA